UGCAGCAAACCCUUAGCCGCCAUAGUGCCACACUUUUCAAUUCUUUUUCUUCUUGUUUGCUGAGGCCGCUGGCGACUCAUUGCUCUUCUUUGACUCAUACACGCACACUCGGAACAGUCACACAUUGCCCUUUGAAGCUCACUACCCCGCGACUGCGCACACAGUUCAAGUUUGUCUCACACACACGGCGCAUAUCACACGCGUACAAAGAUUUCAAAGCUCCAAGCACGGAGCAUCGACGUCACUACUACUCCCAGAUUGACUCUCGACCCUUCAAACCAUUCGCGAAUCUCGACGCGUCGGCGCGUUCAGCAGUCAGCAUGGAAGAGCUCACCAAAAACCUCCAGGCGCUUGGUCUCGACACUGUUCCCCAGGAACCCAACACAUAUCCCGCUCUGAACCCAUUCGACAUCUACAGGAGCCACAUCACCGAGUUGUUCGCACAGGCGUCGGGUGUAGACAAGAAGAUAAUAUACCCAACGCUCGCAUGGACAGCAAAGCCAGAGCAUGGCGAUUUGCAGCUGGCAGUUCCCGCGCUUCGAAUCAAGAAGAAGAAGGAUGAAAUGGCGGCAUUUGCACAGGAGUUGGCAGACAAGUUUCCUGAGUCGCCGCUAGUCAAGAAGCCAAUCGUCACAAACACCUCCAUUGGCUUCUUCUUCAAGCCAGAACCACUCGUAUCGCUCAUCCUCCCUACCAUUCUCAAAUCUGGCUCGAGCUUUGGCUUCAACAAGAAUCUUGGUCUCAAAAACCCGUCAGACCCGUCGUCGGGAAAGCAGAAGAUGAUUGUCGAAUUCAGUUCGCCCAACAUCGCUAAGCCGUUCCAUGCUGGUCAUUUGCGAAGCACAAUCAUUGGUGGUUUUCUUGCCAACCUGUACGAGGGAGCUGGGUGGGAUGUCAUUCGAAUGAACUACCUUGGCGACUGGGGCAAGCAGUACGGUGUUUUGGCUAUUGGAUUUGAUCUGUUCGGCAACGAGGAAGAGCUAGUAAAGAAUCCAAUUGGCCACCUCUACGACAUCUACGUUAAGGUCAGCAACAUUCAGCGUGAGGAGGGAGACCAGGUGAAGACGCUGAAGGCAGAAGUCGCCAAGCUGAAAGAGGAGGGCAAGGAUGCUACCACACACGAAGACCAAAUCAAGAAGCUUGAGAACGAGGGUAUCGAUGAGCAGGCUAGGAAGUACUUCAAGGGCAUGGUCGAUGGUGAGCCUAAGGCACUCGGCAUCUGGAAGCGCUUCAGGGACCUUUCGAUUGAAAAGUACAAACAGACAUAUGCUCGAUUGAACAUCCGCUAUGACGACUACAGUGGGGAGUCGCAAGUCAAGGAUGAGAGCAUGGACCUCGCCGCAAAGAUUAUGUGGGAGAAGAAGGUAUGCGAGGAUUCAGAGGGCGCCGUAAUCGUCGACCUUACACCACACUCGAAGAAGCUCGGCAAGGCUGUAGUAAAGAAGAAGGAUGGAACAUCACUAUACCUCACUCGAGAUAUCGGUGCUGCACUUGAGCGUGUGGACAAGUACCACUUUGACAAGAUGAUCUACGUUGUUGCCUCGCAACAAGAUCUGCAUCUCGCGCAGCUGUUCAAAAUCGAAGAGCUGAUGGGCCGCAAAGACAUCUCGGAAAAGUGCCAGCACAUCAACUUCGGCAUGGUCCUCGGUAUGAGUACCCGAAAAGGCACAGCCAAGUUCCUCGACGAUAUCCUCCGGGACGUCGGUGACAAGAUGCACGAAGUCAUGAAGACCAACCAGGCCAAAUACGAACAAGUCGAGAACCCCGAGAAAACUUCCGACGUCCUCGGAAUCAGCGCUGUCAUGGUUCAGGACAUGAGGGGUAAGCGAAUCAACAACUACACCUUCGAUAUGGACCGUAUGUGCUCUUUCGAAGGUGAUACUGGCCCAUACCUCCAAUACGCACACGCCCGUCUCAACUCCAUUUACCGAAGAGCCAUUGCUGCCGAUCCGUCAUUGGAGAGCCUCGACCUCACUACCGCCGAUCUCACACUACUCAAGGAGCCCCACGCCAUUGACCUUGUUCGUCAAUUGGCGGCGUGGCCAGAUACAUUCAUCAACACAGUCAAGACGCAGGAGCCGACCACGGUCCUCACGUAUCUAUUCAGGAUGGCGCACGCAGUUAGUGGAAGUUACGACCAUCUGCAAGUCGUGGGUAGCGAGAAGAACGUCAUGAUUGCGAGGUUGGCGUUGUAUGUUGCCGCCAGGAAGGUACUGAACAACGGUAUGCGACUUCUAGGGCUGAGCCCUGUGGAGAGGAUGUAGACAGUGAAAUCUAAAAUCGCAAAAAGACCAACUGAGGAGAAAGAGGCAUUCGGCCCGUCGGCUCGUCGGGUAUGGAUGAGGAUCAUGUUGGCGUUGGGGACAUCGUUGAAUCGAAAUGAGUGAUGCAUUUACGUGAUAGAAGAGGCAUUUUUGUAGCGCGGUAUGGUAGACAAACACCACGUAGACAUGGUUGUACAAAAGAUCAUCAUUUGUGUUCAACCAGGUCGUCUAUAUAGGUGAUUGUACAGCAUUCAAGCUUCCCAGAAGUGUCACAUUGAAUCUAGGGAAGCUGUGGUCGUGUAUGAACGGACUCUUGCUGCAUGACGUCUCGUGCAACAUAGCAACAAAAUUUGUCAAGGGACGAGG